AUGGACAGCUCAAAUCAAGACCAAGGUCAGGCUCAGGCUCAGGCUCAGGCUCAACCUGUGACCGAAGCGCAACAGCCUUCAGAUACUUCAGCGCAACACGGGAUGCCUUCUAUGGAAGCUGGCGCCAACAUGAAUGGCAAUGGCAUGCCGCAGCUGCCUGAUCAUGUUCUCAACCCGAUGAACCCAGAGGCUCUGGCUAUGUUGGGUGAUCCUUCUCUCAUGGCAGACCCUUCCCUGAUGGGUAUGCAGAUACCUAUGGGCGAUCCUUCUUUCAUGAUGCAGCCUGGGAUGAACCUUUCAAACGGCCAGAAUAAUGGGUUUAAUCUCCCGGUAGCACCCCCUGCUACUGUCAGCGCUGAGGAGGUUGCUCUCUACGAUCGCCAGAUUCGCCUCUGGGGCAUGGCUGCUCAGGCAAAGAUUCAAAGCGCCAACAUCCUUCUCAUCACCAUCAAAGCCCUCGCCGAUGAGAUUGCCAAGAACCUUGUCCUUGCUGGUGUCGGCUCUCUCACUCUGCUUGACAGCGCCACUGUUACUGAAGCCGAUCGAGGCGCUCAGUUCCUACUCCCCGAUGGCGAGGAUGUUAUUGGCCAAAACCGAGCACAAGUGACCAGUGCUGCCCUUAGGAAGCUCAAUCCUCGUGUCCACAUCCAUGUCGAUGAGGAAGGAGUUAAGACUAAGGGGCCAAGCUAUUUUGCAGCUUACGAUAUUGUUAUUGCGACUGACCUUGAUCCCGAGUCUUUCAACAUCAUCAACACGGCCACACGCCUCAACUGCAAAGCUUUUUAUGCUGCUGGUUGCCAUGGACUCUACGGCUUCAUCUUCAGUGACUUAAUCGAGCACGACUAUGUCAUUCAGCGUGACCUCGGAAACGUAGCAACCUCUACUGGUCCUGAGACUCGUACACGAUCCAUCGUCGACGUUCAGACCCGCAAAGAGGGUCCUAAAACAGUUGAGUCUGUUACGAAGCGUGAGCUCUAUUCUACAUGGUUCCUCGCCAGCGACGUCGCUGUCCUACCUAUUGAAUACACACAGUCCAAGCGACGACUCAAGAGCGUAACCCCUGCGCUGUCUUGUCUCCGUGCUCUGUGGGAGUUUAUGCAGCUCCAGAACGGCCGUGUUCCCAGCAACCGUGAGGACCUUAAGAUGUUCACGCAGAUUGCCACUCAGAAGCACAAGGCCCUGGGUCUACCCAGCGAAACCCUUCGCCCUGAUUUCUUACGCAGCUUUCUCCAGAACCUCGUCAGCGAGGUCUCUCCUGUUGCUGCCAUCCUAGGUGGUCAACUUGCCCAGGAUGUCAUCAAUGUCCUUGGACAAACCCAGCAGCCUAUCCAAAACAUGGUUGUCUUUGACGGUGGCAGCAUGGAGGCGUUAAUGUAUCCCCUACACCCAGAGGGCUCUCUUGGGGCAUCCCAACUUACCGACCACACUGUCCCUAAUGGUGGUGCGCCUAUGAUGAUAGGCGGUGGCAUGGAUGGUCUCCCCAUGGGCAUCGACCCUACCGCCAUGGGCGCCCUACCUCACCACAACAACCCCAUAAUGCUUUCUGGCGGUAUGCCCCAGAACGGCAAUUUCAUUGCUAUGCCGGACGGUUCCCUCGCCGACCCUACGCAACUCAACACUCCGCAAGCCCUUCAGCAGCCUGUCCGAGAACCGGCAGCACAGCCCACCGCAGAACAACCCGCUCACGAGACACAGGCAAACGCUAGCACCUCAGAAGCCAAGUAG